CCAUUGGCCACCAAAAACUAAAUCCCUAAAAGCUGCUAGCGAAUUUCAAUCGUCACCCAGAAAUUUCUUUGUAGAUCUCCCUCUAGAUCAAAUCUUUUUCAAUCCCAUUGAAAAAAAAAUUCAAUCUUUACCAUCAAAAAGUUCAAAUCUUUGCAAUUUUCCCAAUCAAAAACAUCAAUUUUACGCUUUUCCCCAUCAUCCUCACCUUCCUCUCCUGUAUUUCUCUUCAUCUUGCUCCACGAUUCCCAGAUUCGUUCAAUUUUCGGUCUUUUGCUUCAGAUCUUGACUGUCUGUUUUGCUGCUGGUUUAUUGUCCUGCAUACUUCAUGGCUUCCUUGGAUAUGACUCUUGAUGAUAUGAUAAAAAGUAGGAGAAAUAAUGAGAAAGGAGGUAGGGGACAAGGCAGGGCCCGACGUGGAAGAGGGCAAGGAGGAUCAGUUAGAGGUGGAAGAACAACAGGAGCUCUUCGUAAAGGGGCACUUGGUGUAAAUGCUCGGCCAUCUGCCAACAGAAUUGCCAAGUCUUUCCACAGAACCAAGAAUUUGCCAUGGCAGAAUGGUUUGCUUGAAGAUAGUCUUAGAGCUGCAGGGAUAUCAUCAGGGUUAGAGAGUGGCACUAAGGUGUAUGUAUCCAACUUGGAUGUCGGAGUGACAAAUUCAGAUAUAAGGGAACUCUUCGCCGAGAUGGGUGAACUGAUACGAUAUGCUAUCCACUAUGAUAAAAAUGGACGUCCAAGUGGCUCAGCUGAGGUGGUUUUCGCCAGGAGGAGUGAUGCAUAUCAAGCACUUAAAAGAUACAACAAUGUUCAGUUGGAUGGGAAACCUAUGAAGAUAGAAAUUGUUGCUCCCAAACCGGACAUUCCUUUAUCAGCUCGUGUAGAUGUUGGACGAGCAAAUGGAAGGAGGACUGUUGUCAUGAUGCCGGGCUCAGUUCGUGGAAGGGGUGGUGCAUCUGCUGCUAAUCGUGGUUCAAGUCAAAGGGGCCAUGGUGGCUUGGGUAAUGCAUCAGGACGAGGCCGCGGUCGUGGACGUGGAGGACGCGGUCGUGGUGGUAGGGGUAGGAAGAAUGGCGUUGAGAAGUCGGCAGAAGAUCUUGACAAGGAGCUGGAAAACUAUCAUGCUAGUGCAGAUGCUAUGCAAACCUAAUACAGUGGUGCACUUUCAAGAACUGCAAGAACAUUUGCUGUAAAGUUUGCUGACUGCUAAAGUAUUUUUUUCUGAAUACUUUCGGAGGAUGCUAGUUUUUGGUUUUAAUGGUUUGUAACAUGAAAUAUUAGAACGUCGAUGUGAGUUAGUAUAAUGACUAUAUGGUAGCUUUGUUGCUUUAUUUUGUUUGUGUCCAUCCAAGUAUUAACCAUGGAUCUGGAACUAACUAGCAAGCAUUUGCUUGCAAAAGUGAAUAUGGUGAGAAAAUUGAACUUCAAUGUUUGCUUUA